UCCACGCCCACUCUUAACUCUUUCCAAGCAUUUCACAAAACCCUAACACAAUGGCUGAAAGAGGCGGCGAAAGAGGAGGAUUUGGCCGUGGAUUUGGUGGUCGUGGUGGAAGAGGCGGUGACCGGGGCCGCGGUGGUCGUGGUGGUCGCCGUCCCCGUCGCGAAUCUGAAGAAGAAAAAUGGGUCCCCGUCACCAAACUUGGUCGCCUCGUUAAAGACGGCAAAAUCCGGUCCUUAGAACAAAUCUACCUUCACUCACUCCCCAUCAAAGAAUUCCAGAUCAUAGACUUGCUUAUCGGCCCAUCACUAAAGGAUGAAGUAAUGAAAAUCAUGCCGGUUCAGAAACAAACCCGGGCGGGUCAAAGAACCCGGUUUAAAGCGUUUGUUGUUGUUGGUGAUGGAAAUGGACAUGUUGGGUUAGGUGUUAAGUGUUCUAAAGAAGUGGCUACUGCUAUACGUGGGGCGAUUAUAUUGGCUAAGUUAUCGGUUAUUCCUGUAAGGAGAGGUUAUUGGGGGAAUAAGAUUGGGAAACCACAUACUGUGCCGUGUAAAGUUACUGGGAAAUGUGGGAGUGUUACUGUUAGGAUGGUUCCUGCUCCACGUGGUGCGGGUAUUGUUGCUGCACGUGUUCCUAAGAAGGUGCUUCAGUUUGCCGGUAUUGAGGAUGUUUUUACGUCGUCUCGUGGGUCCACUAAAACACUGGGAAACUUUGUUAAGGCGACCUUUGACUGUUUAAUGAAGACAUAUGGUUUCCUUACCCCAGAUUUCUGGAAGGAGACUCGCUUCACCAAGUCUCCUUUCCAAGAGUACUUUGAUAUCUUGGGAAAGCCUGCAUCAAAGGUUAUUGUCUACAGCACCGAGGAGGCUCCUGCUGAAAUGGUGGCUGAGGCUUGAGUAUGAGUUUGUUCUGUUCCAGAGCUGUUCUUCUUUAGGUCUUUUUGUUAAACAAUGCUGUUAUUUCCAAUUUUGGUCUAUACUUUUAAGGAUUUUUUUGGCACAUUUGUCCUUGGAUAAUGCUCAUCUUUUUGCCUUAAUAUAUAUGAAUCUACCUGGUUGAUCUUGUUGGUAAA